AGUAGUCGGCGUUCAGCCAUGGACAACGGAUGACAUGCGUGCGUUCUGGCUGCCGAUCGUGCUAGUCACGACCGUUGGCGGCCUAUUCGAAUUUCGGAAGGAAAAUUGGGGACGUUGCAAACCAAUAGAAGAAACUAACUGUUGUUCCUGCGAGCAGAAGCGAUUGGUUUCGUGCGUUCAUUCAAGGGAGCCCGUUCCAGCGUCUUUUUGCCGUGGAUUUCAAAUAGAAAAACCUUCGGAAAAACAAAAAUGUAAAACAUGUCAGAACAACUGUGUCGUUUCAGAAUGGUCGCCUUGGUCUGGAUGUAGCUCGAACUGUUUACCUAUACAAUAUAGGAGUAGAAGUAUUUUAUUACCACCUUCGGAAGGAUUAAAAUGUCCUGAUCUCGUUCAAACAAAAAAGUGUGCAAAUUUUUCAACAUGUUCAACAAAGAGUGAAUGGAAAACUGAAAGGUGGUCAUCUUGCCGUCUUUGGAAUACAGCUAAAAAAUCUGAAAAUUGUCAAAAAGGAAUAAAAAAAAGACUUGUUCAAUGUAUAGGAAGAGAGGGGAACGUUAUUCCAGAGAAAUAUUGCAGAAACCUCCAAAAACCUAUACAAGAAAGACAAUGUAGUUUACCGUGUGAUUGCCUUGUAAGCGAAUGGCAGAGCUGGUCAAGCUGUUCUUCUAGUUGUGGUCGAGGACAAAAGAAAAGAAGACGGAAAACUAUCAGACCCUCAUCUCAUAGAGGCAUUUCUUGUCCCCCUCAAAUAGAAAUUCAACCUUGUGUAGGUCGAGAAUGUUCCAGGGGUGAUUGGACAGUUAAAGAUUGGGGCCGUUGCAUAGUUAAGGGUUCCUGUGGAUCCGGAUACCAAAAUAGGGAGGUAAUUUGUCGACUAAAUUCGGACGGUCAAGCAGCAACCGACAAUUAUUGCGUUGCCUCUCCUAAACCGAUCACAACGCGAGCUUGCCUACUACCUUGUAAUAUUGGUUGCGAAUAUGGAGAGUGGGGAUCUUGGUCGGAAUGUCAUGAGGGAAUGAGUCAUCGUACACGAGAGAUUUUAACACCGGAACAAGAUAGGGAACACUUAGGCUGUGAUAAAGAUAAACCCAUUGACCUUAUAUCAUGCAAACGGUGGGGCCUUUAUUGGAAAGACGGUCCCUGGUCGGAAUGCUCACCCGAAGACAAUAGACUUUGCGGAAAGGGAAUUUCUAGUAGAACGAUUCAUUGUUUUGAUGUGAACAGUAAAGAGGUAGAAGAUGAUCAUAAAUGCGAAUUGUCAGGAGGUACCAAACCACUUUCAACUAAGAAUUGCUAUAAGCCUUGCUCAAAUGGCUUGGACUGUCAAGUCAGCGAGUGGACAGAGUGGUCGGACUGCUCCGUUACCUGUGGACAAGGCCAUAAAACCCGCACCAAAUCCGUUCGCGAACGUGGAAAGAUUACUGGUCGUUGUGUUUCAGAUGAAGAUUUAAAAGAAACUACGAAUUGUCCUCCAAAACGUUGUAUAGAGUAUUUAUGGAACGUCAGUCGAUGGUCAAAUUGUAAGAAAAUAGGAGCCGACUGUGGAGAGAACAAAGGAAUACAAGAGAGGAGUGUUACUUGCAUUGAUCCGUCUACAAAAAAUGUUGUAGAUGAAGACUUAUGUGAUGUAAGUCUCAAACCAAAACCAAAAAAAGCCUGUACAAUAUUGUGUUCAUCUAAUUGUAAAAUGACAAUGUGGAAUGAGUGGUCGCCAUGCUCCCAAACAUGCGGGGAGGGAACACGACAAAGAUGGAGACGAAUCGAUAUUCUACCGGUGGGAAAUGGUAAAAAAUGUCCGGGCAACCUAUCAGGCGAUGGAGUACAAACAGUGGAGGAAAAGUGUAAAGUAAGAUCCUGUAAAAGGAUUGAUUGGAAGGAGUUUGAGUGGAAAAAUUGUACGGUUUCAAACAAAUUUUUAUGCGGAUAUGGUAAGAGGAAAAGAAAGAUUAUAUGCGAGGAAAAAAAUGAUGGGCGAAACAGAACUAUCAGUGAAUCAAUCUGUGCUGAAAAACGCCCAAAACCAGCCACUGAGGAGAGUUGCUUCAUUCCUUGUGCUGGAGAUUGUAUCUUAACCGAGUGGUCAGCAUUUGGACAGUGUAAUCAUUCAUGCAAAACUCCUAAUGAAACUUCUGGCUAUCGUGUUAGAUAUCGACAAAUUAAGGAAUUUGGUGAUAAUCUUGAAUUAGAAGAAUUAUGUUCUCGUAUUCAUUCUGUACGCCUAGAAGAACGUCAACCAUGCAACAAUCAAACGUGCCCCAUGUUUAAAUGGAAAUUAGGGUCUUGGGGAUCUUGUAUAAUUAAGAAUGAAACUUAUGGCCCUGGUGUUCUUAAGCGUCAAGUGUCUUGUGUUAAAAUCAAUGAUUCCAUUGAAACAUUUGUUUCAAACAAAUUCUGCCCAAAACAUAUGCCUCAGACCAGACGGUCCUGCUCUGUCAAGAGGCCUAUUGAUUGCAAGCUUUCCAAUUGGCAGCCUUGGUCUUCUUGCUUGGAAGCGUGUGGUGAAGGCAUUCAGUAUCGAAAUAGAAGUAUUGACCUUAGGCCAGGGCUCACAGGGCGUCCUUGUCGUCCUUUAAAAGAAAAGCGCGUUUGUACACAGCGUGAUUGUCAUGAAUUAGAAUGGAAGGUUGGAGAUUGGGGCUCCUGUGAAUCAAAAGAAAGUUGUGGAGAAGGUAUCCAAAAUAGAAGCGUUACAUGUCCAGCCGGAAGCGAAAGUCUCUGUCUUCGAUUAGCGCCGAAACCUAAGACGGAGGAAAUUUGCGAUAAUGCUUGUGUCGGCGACUGCAAAUUAAGCCACUGGUCUGUAUGGUCGCCAUGCGACUGCAUGAAAUAUAGAAGAAAAAGAACGAGAAAAAUUGAGAAAGAAAGGAGGGGAGAAGCCAAAAAAUGCGACAGGUUAACGGAAGAACAGGAGUGUGCCUGCCGGGAUUACAAAUGGAAAUUAGGCGAAUGGACGGAUUGUAUACUAAACGGCUCAACAUGCGGUGUUGGACAACGUUUAAGGCCAUUGAAUUGCGUGAGACUUCAUGACAGUAUGAUUGUAUCACACACAUAUUGUGAAAAAAAGCAUUUGACAAACAAAGAGACAUGUCGUGUAGAAUGCGAUAGAGAUUGUCAGCUGUCUCCCUGGUCAUCCUGGUCUUCUUGCUCUAAAACAUGUGGUCCUAAAAUGAUAAAAGUCAGAACUAGAAGAAUUUUACAACAGCCAGUAAAUUAUGGGAGGCCAUGCCCAAAAGAAAGUGACUUAGAACAGAAGAGCUAUUGUAAAAUAAUACCCUGUUACAAAUUUUCAUGGUCGACAAGUGAUUGGUCUGAAUGUUCAGCUGGGUAUGGUCAAUGUGGUCAGGGAACUAGACAUAGGACUGUUUAUUGCGAAAGAAGCGAUGGUCGAAGGAUUGAAGAAGGUUGUAAACUGCAAAAACCAAAAACUGAAGAAUCUUGUUAUAUACCUUGCCCUGGUGAUUGCAUUAUAACUGAAUGGUCCGAAUGGGGUCCGUGUUUCCUUGAUUGUAAGACAUCAAAGGGAAUCAGUUAUAAAUCUAGGUCAGUCGUCAGAAGAGCCACAAACGGAGCUCGAUGUUCUGAGGAAGGUCUAAAAGAGAGAGAAUGCAAACAACCUUCUUGUCCAAUAUUCAAAUGGAUGACAACAGAGCGUAAUAACCGAAAAAGAGCAGUGUAUUGUGUAUUUGAAAAUAAAGGUUCGAAACUUCGAUUAGACGGCGGAUGUGACCAAGAUAAAAAGCCGUCAGAUAGUCGGUUUUGCAAGAAUUGUCACGAGCAUGCGCAAUGUUAUGAUGGAAAUUGUGUUUGCAAGUUGUCCUAUUCAGGUAACGGAACUCAUUGCUUACUGGAUUCUGGAUGUACGAACGAUAGACAAUGCUCACACUUUAAUUACUCAUUCUGUAACUUGGAAGAUAACCGAUGCCGAUGUUCAGCCAAUAAAUCGCUAGGUAUAACAAAUUGGUUUUUUUUCCCUUAUUUUUUAUUUAUACUUCAAUUUUCCAGAGGAUUCCACUAAUUUUUCCCUAUAUGCUAAGCUAAUAGCGUUUCUUUCCCUUACAGAUGCACUCGAAUUAGCCUUCAAUAAAUGUGAGUACUUUUAUCUGCCGUUUAUAGAUUUUUUCAUCUUACAGAACGAUCGGUUUGUCGACCUUGUAAUAACAUUUCUUUAAGAGGCGUCACCUACAAAAAGCAUUCGAAAAGAAAUUGUAUUAAUAUAUAUAUAUAUAUUAGUAUAUAUAUAUAUACUAGAGCCAUCUGCUGGAAUUUUUAUUUUAACAUAUUAAAACGUUUGAUCUCCUAAAUCAUUCGUAUCUACAGGGAAAUCAGCAGCCAGGGCGGUAAAGGCCAAAAUAAGCUUAUUUUAUUAGAUUGCAGUUCAAAUUUAUAGCAAUCAUUGAUUUGUAAGGCUAUCGAAAGAAGAGUUUGACAUUUUUUAGCAUUUUGCUAAAUAUUCUCAAGUAUCUGUUAGCAGUUUUGAAAAUUCGGCAAAUAGAAAACUGACCGGAAAUUUUAUUUCACUGAUUUAUGACUUUUUGUUAAUUAUUCCUCCUUCAUUCAAUUGUUCCAUAUUAGCUGUGUCUAUAUAUAAGCAUGUAUACAGUUUACACUAACGCCAUCUAUUGUAUUUUACAGAUUCGUGUCCGCCAACACCUAACGCAACAAAAAGUAGCCUCAGUGGCUUGGUGCUCUAUUCAUUAUUAGCAAGUUUUUGCUUCAUUGUGCUUAUUAUCAUUCUCAUAAUCGUCUGCUCCUGCUCAAGAAAGAAAAGUUCAAAGAAUAGAGCAGAGAUAAAAGACACUUAUGUAGUAACUAGCGCUAAUAAAUCAGGUAUAGAUGUUUCUACAUAUCUACCUAUGGGUAGUACAACCCUUCCUCCGCCUCCACCUAAACCAUCUGUGUAUCAGAGAACUUUCAAACGAAAUGAAGAGUUUGAAUUGAAAGGGAUCAGGGAAGAUGAGCCAUUUUUGCAAACAAUGUCAAACGGACGAUGUACAGUCGUGCAAUGUACAGUAUAGAAAAAUAUAAGGCUAUUAUCUCUCUUCUCAUAAAAUAUAGGCAAAAAAAAUACUGUAUGUAAAUAUAAAACCAAAGGAAUCUACCGGAAAGAACAACAUCGUUACGAAUGUCUUUUUACAUAAGAAACUAUUCUGUUAACAAACAACUGUCUCAUUUUACAUUAUGAAUAAUAAAUUCAUGUGCAAUUUAUGUUCCUUUUUUUUUGUUAAAAAAUUUCCAUUCACUUUUUUUAAUGAUAGGAAAGAUAUAUAAAAAAAAUGAAAUUUAGAUUUUGUGUACUACCAGUUUAUUAUGAAAAAAACAAUUUUUUAUGUGAC